UCGCCCGCCCGGCGGCUGCAGCCAUGUCGCGGGGGCCGGAGGAGGUGAACCGGCUCACCGAGAGCACCUACCGGAAUGUUUUGGAACAGUUCAAUCCUGGGUUACGAAAUUUAAUAAACCUAGGGAAAAAUUACGAAAAAGCUGUUAAUGCUAUGAUCCUGGCAGGAAGAGCCUACUACGAUGGAGUGGCCAAGAUUGGGGAGAUUGCCACCGGGUCCCCCGUGUCGACAGAGCUGGGCCAUGUUCUCAUAGAGAUUUCGAGCAUCCACAAGAAACUCAACGAGAGUCUUGAUGAAAAUUUCAAAAAAUUCCAUAAGGAGAUUAUCUAUGAGCUGGAGAAGAAGACAGAGCUUGAUGUAAAAUAUAUGAAUGCGACUCUCAAAAGAUACCAAGCAGAACACAGGCAUAGAUUAGAUUCUCUGGAAAAAUCGCAAGCUGAAUUGAAGAAGAUAAGAAGGAAAAGUCAAGGAGGACGAAAUCCAUUCAAAUAUGAAAGCAAAGAGAUUGAGUAUGUAGAAACCAUUACUUCUCGCCAGAAUGAAAUCCAGAAAUUUAUUGCAGAUGGUUGCAAAGAAGCCCUGCUUGAAGAGAAAAGGCGCUUCUGCUUUCUAGUCGACAAACACUGCAGCUUUUCGAGUCAGAUACACCAUUACCACGCGCAGUCUGCAGAACUGAUCAAUUCCAAACUGCCUCGGUGGCAAGAAACCUGUGGUGAUGUCACCAAAGUGCCAGAGAAAAUCAUGAACAUGAUCGAAGAAAUUAAGACCCCAGUCUCCACCCCGAUGUCCGGAACGCCCCUGCCUUCACCCAUGGUCGAGAGAAGCAGCAUGGUUGGGCAAGAUUGUGACAGCCUUUCUAAAUACCCACCAAAGAUCCCCGCAGCUCCUUCAGCCAGAGCCUUGACCAGCCCUUUGAUCGAUCUGUUUAAGAACCCAGCCACAGUCACACAGAACUCAGAAAGAAAAAAUAAUUUAACAGGUUCUUCCUUUGACCCCAAUUUGCCACGAUCUGUUUCCAUGGCCUCUGGACUGAACAUGGUGAAAAAGCAGAAAGUGAAAACCAUCUUUCCGCACACGGCCGGCGCUAACCAGACCUUGCUCAGCUUCGCGCAGGGAGACGUCAUCACGCUGCUUAUCUCUGAGGAGAAGGACGGCUGGCUAUACGGGGAGCACGGCAGUACCAAAAUGAGGGGCUGGUUCCCGUCGUCCUACACCAAGCUGCUGGAGGAGAACGAGGAGGAGGCCGCGAGCGAGCCGGCGCCAAGCUUGGUGCCCGUCCGCAGCGUGAGCACAACGAACUUGGCGGAGAAGAGCAACGUCGUCAUCCCCCCGCCGGACUACCUGGAGUGUCUGUCUACGGGAGCAGCCACUGCUGAGAAAGGAGACAUCUCCCUGAAGGCUUCUAACCAUAAAGCCCCAGCGCCCAAACCAGAAAGCACGCCUCCUAACAAUGCAAAUGGGUUUGCAAAGCCUCCUUUCCUCAGUGGAGAGAACCCCUUUGCUACUGUGAAACUCCGCCCGACGGUGACAAAUGACCGCUCAGCGCCCAUCAUCCGAUGAGAAGGCGGCUCCAACGUUCUCCUGGUUCCCCACUGGGCUCUCGCUCGGGAAACGAUAGGUUUGUGUGUGGCAAGCGCCAUCCAGUUGUAAAACUUCACCAGAGAGCGUCUGAUUUUGUGUGUAUUCCACUUGAGCAAAUCAACACAUUUUCUAAGUUAACAUGGUUGGGUUUACACAUUUCUUUAAGAUAAAUCAGUUUAGUUACAACUCAAUCAUUUAAAAGUUUUUCCCUAUUCUGUUCGAAAAUAGUAAAUUUGGUUCCAAUCCUUAUUGUAUCA